AUGAUGGCGACAGUGCGCCGUGUUGUGUGCGUGUUGACCGCUGCUCUGUGCUGCACGGCCUUGUGCGUGGCUGCGGAGCCCCAGCAGGAGCCGCUGGAGAAAUACGACAGACGCGCAGAGCUCCACAGUGGUGGUGUGCCGUCCAGCAGGUAUGCGGUGCUGUCAGCGGCGGUGCAAGUAAGCCCCGCCGGGAGUGGCGCAGUGAAGGCCGUGGAAGCGUCGAUGAGUCCUCAGAAUGCGAGGGCUGCUUUGCUUGAUGCUGUGGGACUCUCAGGAGCCGCAAAGAAUGCAGUAGAGUGUGUCAAAACGAAGGCUGCUGCAGCAAAGGUAGUAGCCGCGGAAGCUCUGUCUGCUGCUACGGAAGCCAAUACGACAACGAGUGCUGCCUAUGAAGCAUUGAACAAGCUGAACGGGGAAGUGGAGGCUGCUGUAAAGAAGGAACCUCCGUCGAACUUAAGUCCGGACUUGCAGCAGAAAAUUGCAGUUGCGGCUCAGAAAGCCAAUGAUGCAGUGGGCAAGACCAAAAAGGCGCAUGAAACGUGUACUAACGCCGCCGGAGUUUCUUCCGAAGCAGAAACUACAGCCAAAACUGAGAGUGCAGCAGUGGCUAUGAUUGAAGAGGCGCUGCGAAAAGUUAAGGAGGCGGCAGAAACAUUUCCAGACGCAAAGAAAAGAGUUUCGGAAGUUGGUAAGAGCGCAGCAUCGGCUAUUGAUGACGCGAAAAAGGCUCAUCAGCAUGCUACUGCCGCACUCGAAAGAGCCAACGAAGCAAGGGAUGCUGCAGGUGAAGCCCACAGAAACGCAAAGAGUGCACAUGAUUUCGCAAAGGCAGCAGAACAGCUCAGAGUAACUACAGACCGUAGAAUUCUAAGUUCUCAAGAACAGGUCACGAAAGCACUGCCGGAGGCCGAAAAGGCAAUGAAAAGCGCACAGGAUGCGCUGACAAAGGCUGAGAAAGCACUGGAAGAAGCUACGAAAGCUUCUGAGCACGCUGACACAGUACAUAAAAUCGCUGUAGCCAUCGAAGAUGCUGUUCAGCAGGCAGAGAUGGACGCAAGGAAGCCAGCGGUUUCUUCCCCAAACUCUGGUGGUAAGCCGGAUUCGGUACUGCAUACCAGAGUGGAAGAAAGACCUCAGCCAGACCCUUCUCAAGCUGGUGAUGUACGCAACGGUGAACCUCCUGAACGGAACCCCGACAAGCACACUGCUGCUGCUGUUCCGUCACCCGCAGGCAAAAAUGGUGGAGAGCCGAAGGUUGAAACGGGGAGCCCCAUCGCAUCUCCUCUUAAGCAAUCCGAGGAUCAUCACGUGGCAGAAACCGAAAACAGCAAAAUGGAGGGCUCUGUAAAGCCUUCAGGUACUGACGGCAUGCCUGAGACGGAAGCUGGAAUGGCCGACCCCCCUGCUGCACAACAAGCCACCAACUCGGGUGCUGAAGGUGACCAGGCUGUUGCUGACGUUGUGGCUGCGGGCAACCAACUGCGUGACGCUGGCAGUGCUGACGCCAGCAGCAGUCCUGCGUGGGUGCGUGCACCGUUAUUCCUGCCCCUGCUGGCUGCACUUGCCUUUCUGGGUGUGUGCUGA